CGAUUUCUUGUUAGGAAACUCGGACUUUAGCUCGUGAAGCUUUAACCUAGAAGCAAGUUUUCAAGCGUCAUCUCGAUUCUACGUAGUUAAUUAAGCUUCUUAGCUACUACCAUCAUAACCCAUUGCUUCAAUCUUCUUUUCGAGUUGCCCCUUCUAUAACCCCCCUUUAUACACUACAGACGAUAUGGACGGGUUAACGGCAUCCGAGACGCGCGAGCUGGAGCAGCGCAUGCAGAAGCAGCAGAUGAAAGUCUUCUUUGGCCUCUUUAGCAACCUAGUUGACCAUUGCUUCAUGUCCUGCAUCGACGACUUCACCUCCAAGUCCCUAACAGGCCGUGAGUCCGGAUGCGUCGCCCGCUGCGUCCAGAAGCACAUGGCCUUAUCCCAGCGCCUCAGUGAGCGGUUCCAAGAGCACAAUGCCCAAAUGACGCAACAACAGCAGCAGGGAGGCGGAUUCCGAUAAGUCAAUCGUUCUCCAGAAGAGCGCUCUUGUUUCCCUUCUGAGGGCUAGUGGGCUGUAUAUUAUGCUCGGAGCUCGAGGUUUUCGGGCAACUGGCUAGGACUAGAUAUAUGUUGUCUAUGUCCUCUGUCCUUUGUGAAGUGAUAUGGAAACGCUAGGUUGGGUUAGGCGACCUUGACUAUGAAGGCUACUAGGUAUCCCAUUGACACUAGCACGGCAGCCGAGGCCGGGAAUAGCCUUGAUGUAUUAAUAGGGACUAUAGGGGGUUCCCAUCUGGGGAUGAUACCCUGGCUCUAGAGAUGAGCCUUGAACAUCACUAUUUUCAA